AUGGAGGAAGCCGCCAUGCAGGGUCUUCACCCCCCCGAGAACGCUGACGAAGGGCUGGAACUCGGAGGCUCGGAUGUGGACUUGGAGGGGCCUUGCAGAAAGCGUGGUCGUGAUCUUGCCCUAACUGAAGGUGAGGGGGGUUCGGAACCGGCUUGGGUUCAGGGUCUCAAGCUGUCACUGACAAGUGAGAUGGCUACAGUCAUCUCUACCCAGCUCUCUGGUCAUCUUGGCAGCUUCAAUGAGAGGGUUAACAUGCUACAUGAUGAACUGGCCCUGGAAUCGAGCGAGCGAAAGUCUGACAUGGCUGCAAUCAACAAACGGUUGGAUGACAUGGAGACCAAGCUUAGCAACCAGUCGAAGUUUCCGUCAGGGUCUGACUUCAGAGCAGUACCUCCCCCAUCAGAUCCUUGGCAGAGACCCUUGACUACCCCGACCUUUCAGGGAGCCUCAGGACCGCAUCUUCCCACGUCUUCAGCUGACCCAUGGAGCAAGUACCUGUCCCGCCCGGGCUCGGGAGGCGAGUCUGGCAAGGGCAGCGGUGGUGGUGGCUCUCCCAGCGCUGGUCAAGACACAGAUUUCAAUCGCGUCUUGGCCGGUGGCUGGGCGACAGACACACCGCGAGGAGAAAUCGAGAGAGACCUUUCGGAGGCACUUGCGCUUUGGGAUCAGCAGUAUCAGUCCCAAAUCACAAAGACGUAUGUGUUUGGGAAGCGCUCCAAGACUGCCAACAUCAUCUUGUCCUCGCUCCCCUAUGACCUGUCCCGAGAUCGCUUCUAUGCCAUUCAGCAGUCUUACAGCAACAAGACUAGGACCAGCACUGGAGAUUUUCUUUACUUUUCACCUCAUCGCUCUAAAUCUCUUCGGACAAAGAAUAGAAGCACUAGAAUGGCAAGGGAAGUUGUGGAGGCGGUGAGUGGGCUGAGUUGCGAUGCUCCAGACUCUCAGCUUGAAGUUGACUGGGGCCGCCAGCUCCUUUGUUGGGGAAAGGAGAGAGUCGCAGCGGGCACCCAGAACCAGCUACUAGCCAAUACGGGUGACAGAGUGAUGCCGAAGCAGUUCGUGGACGCAUACAGGGAGCAAUCUCAGUUCUUCUUCAAUGCGACACUGCUGGCCUCCAAGUGUGCUAAGUCGGUGGGUGAAGUCGAGACCGCAAUUCGGAAAAACCUCGAAAGCUUCCUGGCCUGGAUGGAGGAGUCAGGGGAGUGCCUUGACAUGAUUACCUUGCAAGAGGUGGGUGGUGUCUCCGCGCUUCCAGUUGUACAGAACUAUGGUGAUGGCAUUGCACAGAUCACGAUGCAUGAGUGCAACGAUAUCCAUGACUAUCACGUCUUUUCGUGCAGUGAGCUUUCUUCACACCUGAGUCAAGUGAUCCUUGUUAGCAAAGACUGUGUUGAUCACAUCAGUGGCUGCUGGAAGGGAGAUAGACUUUUGGGUGUGGAUAUCGUUUGCGUGGGCUCGAUGAGACGUUUGAGCUUGGUUGGUUGCCACCUACCCCAUUGCGAUAAUUCAGACGAAGUUUUUCAGGCCUCCCUUAGGGAGAUACAAGAACUACAGAGACGCAUGGACAGUCAAAAUAUCCCUUGUGUAAUCAUGGGUGACUUCAAUGCUGAGACCUCAAGUAUUCGUGGCAUCCAACUUUCCUCGACUGUGUCCGGUCGCAUCCUUCAGAGCUUUCAGCCGACGCGUUUUGGGAGGUGCUCAGAGGCAGAAUUGGACUUCUUCAUGGUGAACAGAUCCAUGAAUGACAUCCUCGUACCCCAAGCGGCCUCAGUUCAGGUUGCUACUAUCAAACAUUCGCACCUAGCUCUUGGUAGUGAUCAUGACUGUGUUUGCUUGGAGCUUGCUCUCAAAGAUCCAACUCACCCCAUCAGGAGGAAGCGGAAGCGAUAUCGGCGUUUUAAGUGCCGCAGACACAGUGUAGCGCACGAGCCUUUGCAUGCUGAGCUUCAGGGAGCAUCGGCCACCUUUGCUGAGCAGACCUUGGUGCAGCAAUGGGAGACUCUGUCGAGACUCUCAAACCAACACUCCUUUGCAAGCCCCAGCCUCAAGUACAGGGAUCCUCCUGGUAUUAAACAGUUAUGUCAAGAAAGACGAUUGGCCAGUGAUCCUUUGGAGAGGGCUCGGGUUACCAGGGUCAUCAUUGCUGCUAGGCAUGAAGCCAGGCGUAGGUGGAUGCAAGACCUCUACGACAAGAGUGAGCAAGGAGAUCCUUCGGCUAUAAGGUACCUCAAGCAUCGUGGUUCUCAGAUGCCCCCUAACACUGAGGACUUUGUUGCGAAGAGCGGUGGCGAACAGGCGUCCAUCGACAAAGUAAAACAGCACUACUCAAGACUGUUUGGGAAUGAGCCCACUCCGCUUGAAAGGGAGUCGUUGAAGGGAUCCUUGCAAACUCUUCUCGAACGUGAAGCUCAGUGCCCGCCAGAACCUUUCACCGCAGCUGAAGUGCAGCCAGCUCUGGACCGCCUGAAGCGAGGCAAGGUUUCAGGUAUGUCUGGUAUCAGCAAUGAGUUUUUGCUUGCAGUUUGGCGCAACGAGGAUGGUCAAGCCAUGCUUUUAUGUCACCUCAAUAACCUGUUGACGUCCCAAGAUCUUCCGCCCGAUCUACUUCAGGCAUAUGUCUGCCUCAUCCCGAAGGCUCACUACAUACUUGAAUGCAAGGAUCUUCGGCCGAUCAAUUUGCUCGAAGUGCUUCAUAAGGUCUUCGCAUGGCUUUUGAUCUCCCGCUUGCAACAGCACUGGCCGAAACCUGGGUUGCAGCUCGGGGGCCUUGCCGGCUCGCAGGUUGCGGACGCUUUGCUAUGUGCACACUCAAGGGUCGCGAAAGAGAGUCGGGAACACACAUACGGGGUUUGGAUCAGCUGCGACGUGCAAGCGGCGUUCGACUCUGUAUCCCAGUCUAAGGUCGCGGCCUUUGUAGCUGCCUUCAGUCCUGAUACCCUGGGUGCCGAAGCGCAUCGACUUUUGCAGUUAGUCAUGGGGCCCAAUCUGCACUUUGUUUGGAGGGGAGAGAGUUGGUCGCAAGGCCAGUCGACAGGAGUGCAACAGGGUGGUUCACAUUCAGCGUUGCUGUUUAGUUACGUCUUGGGCCUUGCGGUCAGUCAGCUGGAUGAGACGUGGGCGCAUCGGAAGGAACCCUGCUGGCAUGACUCGUACGGCUGGGCUUAUGUAGACGAUAUGAUGUUUAACUUCGUCAGUUGGGAGCAGUGCGACCGAUGCUUUGCCGACUUGUGCUCUGUGCUACAUGAUCUUGGGCUUCGAUUAAAUCUGCGAAAAACUGUCGUUAUGUCGCAUCCCAAUGUUCUUCGUUUGGGCAAGUCGUACAAUUUUCGGGAGGGUUCGGUGGUGCCACAACUAGCCUGGGAACGCAGUGUCAAGUACCUAAAGAAGCCCCUGAUGCACUUUGAUGCGGAUGUUCACAAAGAUUCGACGGAGGCCAUGCUUCAGCCGAUACAUGGUGCAGCGCAUAUGGCGUAUGAGAAACUGCAAAGGGCGAUUCGCAAGGGCUGCUGGACUAAUCCUAAAGGAGUACUGCGUCUUCUCAACUGCUAUGUGGGUGGUGUUUGGUUUUGGCUAAGUCCGUUGCUUGAACCCCUCCAGCAAUACCUCAAUGCCAUUAGGACUUUACAAAUCACGAUCUUCGUACUCAUGCUUGGGCUCUACAUACCCAGCUCGUGCAACCACAACGCCGCUAUGCACUUGCACCGGCUCCGACGUCGAGUCGCCCUGCUGGUUCUGGCACAGUGUCCCCAGCAUGACUGGUGUUGCAUCUGGCUGAAGCGCAGGUGGUUGUAUCUUGGCCACACUCUAAGGCAACCACAGUCGCACAUUACCCGUAAGGCAAUCGUGGCUCUGAACUCGGUCAAGGCUGCAGUCCCGAGCCCGUGGUCACAUAUUCUCUCCUGGGGUAGACAGCAACUUCAACACAGUACGGGGGUACCAUCGAACUUUGAUGAACUACAACAUCGAGCUAGCAACAAAGAGGCCUGGUUCAAUAUGCAUACUGGUGUGGUGCUAGGAUGCCAGCCGCAACACCCGAUCGUGCACAGUUGUGAUUUGCGGCACUGGAGAGAUGCGCUGCGAGUACAGACCGAGUGGCGCUUAGGAGCGUCCCUGCACGUUCUGACUGAUGCUGAGACGGGAUCUUUUCAGGUGACGGUUGGAUGGUUGAAUGAAGUUGAGGGGAUGCAGAGUUUUACUCGUGUUGGUGAGGUCCAGCAUGUCCUUCACUUGUGGUUACAGUAUCUACAGUUCGAGUUUGCGGGCAUCAAUGUCGAGUUCUUUCUUGAGCAGUGGAUAUUCGAGGCUUUCACUUCUGAGCUUAUGCAGUAUCUCUUCUUGCAGCUCCUCUCUGUUCGAACCCGUGCAGCUAGCAUUGAGCCCCGGUCUGAUUCUCGUCAGCAAAUGCAGAAUACAUGUGCUGAACGUUCGCGGGUGGAGAGUCAACUGGAUCCACUGUUGUGUGAAGGCAACAGCAAGGGAUCUCGUCGUGGCUUCACAGUUCUCAAGUUGCUUACAUACAACUGCCGGACUCUCGGUGAUGGCUCCAGGCUCACUGAGCUAGCUGAAGAUCUGGCCGCUCGUGGCAUUCAGGUUGCAGCAUUGCAAGGCACUUGUUGGAAGCACGCUCACCCGAGAGGUGAAUGGACGGUACGGGAUCGCCACGGCAGGGACUUGUAUCACUGCUUCGCUUGGGGCAAGCCGAAAAAGAAUCCUCAGCUUGGAGUUCUAUUGCUCUUACAAGUAGAAAGUUUCCAGCUCUCUGAUGUGAGGUAUCGCUUUGACCCUGGCAAAGGAAACAUUGGCCGACUUGGAGGGGUGCGAGUGGUGGAACGAGGAUCCUCCCGUGCCCAGGACCACACCUUUUUCGUUGCGUACGCGCCGGGUGAAGAUGCAUCUGCCGAAGAGAAACACACCUUCUACGUAGAGCUGCACCAGCACCUCGAAGCGCUGCCUGCCAGAACGUCGGUGUGGUUGCUUGGGGAUUUCAAUGCGCAUGUGGGUGCUGUGGAGCAAUUUCGGUCAGUGGGGCAGUGCGACAAGGAGGUCACGAACGAAAAUGGCAUUUAUGUUGCAAGCUUGGAUCAGUUUCUCACAGACUGGAUUACAUCGCUGCUCAUACUUCUUAUAGACGCGCCGUUCAAAAAUGCAAAGUCAAUGGAUCUCUUGGUCAGCGGUGGCAAACAAGUACUGUGCGCGAUCAUUGGCCAGUUGAGCUGCAUGUUCGUUUGCGACAUGAGAUUCGCUGCAAAGCUCGUCAAGCUGGAGUGCGAUGGAAUCGUCAUGCUGUGCUUCGCCUAUCCACUGAUGUUCCGCUUCGUGAGGCCUUUCUUCGAGAUGCUGCUGCAGCGAUUGCCCCUUUCGCAGCCGCAGCCGUUUCGGAUACGCUUGACUUGCAGGAAGCAUGGACUGCGUGCCAGACAAGACUUUACGAAGUCUCCCAAAGGCAUUUUGGCAUGCCCGCGCAACGGCGCGAGGGAUGCAUGGAAGCGAAGCCGACGAUGCUUUGCCACCUACUGGAGCGUACGUAUGUGCUUCUCUGCCUUGCGCCUCCAUGCCCGGACUGAACAGGCCGCGCGAGCUGUGAAACAUGACAAAUCGGCUUGGAAGGCCGGCUUGAUUGCCAAACUUUCUCAAGCUGUCUUGCAACAUGACGCCAGAGAAGCCUGGGCCCUUUCCAGACAGAUUGCAGGGCUUCCUAUACGGAAGACUGGACGUCAAGCCCCGCCAAGCAAGAUUGUCAGCAAGUCUUCAUGGCUUCGGCAUUUCCAAGAAGUCCAGGCAGCCCAAGAGAGCAUGCCGGUUGAGGUGGUACAGCCUCGUGAUGAUUUUCCGUGCUCUUUCCAGAAAGGCUGUGAACAGCUGCACAGGGCUAUGAAGGGAAUGGCUCGUGACCGCGCAGUGCCAAAAGGAGCAAUACCAGUUGAGCUGUGGAGUGAACUGUUCGACACGACGGGUGAGUCCUUUGACUCACUUGGAGGUGUGCUGAUGCAGGGCAUUGAGAUGUUUCAGUUUGCCGGUGUCAAUCCCAGAGAAUGGUGUGAGGGCCAGGGCUGCGCCAUUCCGAAGCCGGGCGGCGCUCCAACGCCGGAUGCUCCGUUCCAGUAUGGGUAUUCUGCACGUCGUUCGCGGAGGGAUGCCAUCUUGCAGCUCACAACUGUGUUGCAGAGACUGCAUAAAGCCGGCUUCUGCACUGCUGCUAACCUGUAUGAUCUCACGAAGGCGUUUGACAUGCUCAGCAACGACAGUGUGCAGAGCAAUGUGAAGAAUGACCUCACUUUGCACAAUACAGCUCGAGCCUUGCUGCUUGAUAUGCAAGGGCGGUUGCGCAUUAGGAUGCCUGUGGAUGGUGGCAAUGUGCUCUAUGUCAAGCUGGGGGCUGGUGUUUUGCAAGGUGGAGGCACAGGGGCCGCGGUGCUUAUACAGCUUCCAAGCGUCUCCAUGCUGGAGGCUGGAGAGGGCCACUUCUUAAAGAGAUAUGCCAUCCCAGCAUGGAACAAUAGAAGCGAGCGGCUUAACUUUGACACAGCGGUCUAA